AGUAGGAAGAAAAAAGCAGCAGAGAGUGUUGCAAAGAUCCCCAGCAAGUAAUUGCUCCUCACUGCGGAACUUCACACCCAACAACUUAUUUCACAGCAGCCUGCAAGCAGCUGGGCAGGAGCCAAGGAGAAGACUUGAUGGCAGGGCCUGGAACUUCUCGGAGGUCUGCUCAACGCAGCCAGCGGAUGUGGCUUCGCUUACAGGUCCGUGGCUGCAGAGGGAUGUGCUGAGGGCAGGCGAUGACUCGUUAUUGCUGCCUCCUGCUGGCUGUGGCUGGGCUGCUGCUGGUGAAAACAGCUCUUGCCCUGGAAUGCCCCAAAAUCAAAGUGAGCACCUGUCAGGACUGCAUCCGGUCUGGCCCCGGCUGCGCUUGGUGCAAGAAACUGAAUUUCACCAAAGCGGGCGAGCCAGACUCCAUUCGUUGUGACACCAAAGAGCAGCUGCAGCAGAGGGGAUGUGACGCAAACGACAUCGUGUUCCCAGAAAGCAGCUUCAUCCAAUUGAAGAACGCCCUCCUAAACGACAAGACCCAGCUGGCUCCCCAGCAAGUGCGCUUGAUGUUAAGACGAGGUCAGCCGGCUGUGUUCAAUGUGACUUUCCGCCGUGCCGAGGGCUACCCUAUCGACCUCUACUAUCUGAUGGAUCUCUCCUAUUCCAUGCAUGAUGACCUGGAGAAAGUGAAGAAGCUGGGAGGAGACCUGCUCGCAGCUCUAAACUCCAUCACCAGCUCCGGCCAGAUCGGCUUUGGCUCCUUUGUGGACAAGACGGUGCUGCCUUUCGUGAACACACACCCUGAGAAGCUGAAGAACCCCUGCACAAAUAAGGAGACCACCUGCCAGCCGCCAUUCGCUUUCAGGCAUGUCCUCUCCCUCACUGAAAAUGCCAAAAAGUUUGAGAAGGAGGUCCAGAAGCAGUCCAUCUCGGGGAACCUCGAUGCCCCCGAGGGCGGGCUGGAUGCCAUGAUGCAGGUGGCGGUCUGCGGGGAGACGAUUGGCUGGCGAAACGUAACUCGUCUGCUGGUGUACGCCACGGAUGACGGCUUUCAUUUUGCUGGGGAUGGUAAACUCGGAGCCAUUCUAACCCCUAAUGAUGGUCGAUGCCACCUGGAAGAUAAUAUAUACAAAAAGAGCAAUGAGUUUGACUACCCGUCCGUUGGCCAGCUGGUACAAAAACUUGCUGAAAAUAACAUUCAGCCCAUUUUUGCUGUCACUAGCAGAAUGGUUGGAAUAUACCAAAAGCUCAGAGAUAUGAUCCCCAAAUCAGCAGUGGGGGUGCUGCAUGACGAUUCCAGCAACGUCAUCCAACUCAUCAAGGAAGCCUACAACAACUUGUCCUCCAGAGUCAUCCUGGACCAUGGUACCUUGCCGGACUUCUUGAAAAUCACAUACGAUUCUUUCUGCCACGGCAAAAAAGCCACCAUGGAUGGCGUGAGAGGGGAAUGCGGUGAUGUCAAGAUCCAUGACAAGAUUACUUUCCAGGUGAAAGUUACAGCGAAGGAGUGCAUCCCAAACCAGUCCUUCACCAUCCGGCCCCUGGGCUUCACAGACACGCUCACUGUGGAACUGGUCAGCCGCUGCAACUGUGACUGUGAUGAGCGACAGAGCCCCACUGCCUGCAACGGGAACGGCAAAAUCGUGUGUGGCACGUGCAGCUGCAAUCCAGGCCACACUGGGAAGAACUGCGAGUGCGAAACAAAAGGCAAAACCAGCAAGGAGCUGGAAGGGAGCUGUCGGAAGGACAAUGCCUCGGUCAUCUGCUCGGGCCUGGGGGACUGCGUGUGUGGGCAGUGCACCUGCCACACCAGCGACGUGCCCAACAAGCAGAUCUACGGGACCUUCUGCGAGUGCGACAACAUGAAUUGUGAGGUCCAUAACGGACAGUUGUGUGGCGGUGAAGAGAGAGGGCGUUGUGACUGUGGGGAGUGCAAAUGCUCUGAUAACUUCGAAGGCAGCGCUUGCCAGUGCAAGAAGUCUACAGACGGCUGUGUGAACCCACGGGGAAGAGUGUGCAGCGACCGUGGGCACUGCCGGUGCAAUAUGUGCCAGUGUAAGGCAGGCUACCAACCCCCAUUCUGUGAGGAAUGCCCUGGCUGUCCUUCGCCCUGCGCCCGAUACAUCUCCUGUGUGGAGUGCCAGGCGUUUAAGAGUGGCCCGUUUCAGAAGAACUGCACAAAUGCGUGUUUGAACAUCCUCAAACUCGAUUCGUUGGCAAAUGGCCGGCAGUGCCGGGAGAAGGACUCGGAGAAUUGCUGGAUUUCCUACCUCAUGAAACAGGAGGAUGGGGAGGACAAGUACUCCUUUCAAGUCUUGGGCCAGAAAGAGUGUCCGCAGCCCCCGAACAUCGCUGCAAUUGUGGGCGGCACCAUUGCGGGCGUGGCCCUGAUUGGGCUGCUGCUUCUGGUGAUGUGGCGGCUGGUGAUGGAGGUGUUCGACCGCAGGGAGUACAGCAGGUUCGAGAAGGAGAAGUUGAAGGCCAAGUGGAAUGAGGGUGAUAAUCCCCUUUUCCAGAGUGCUACCACCACUGUCAUGAACCCCAGAUUCAACGGAGAAUGAUGUGGCACUAUCCUGCACAGCCUGUGAAGGCUCGACUGUUAAACCAGGAAAUACCAACCUAAGGGCACCAGCAUUUUACUCUCCAAGCAAAGUCUGCUGUACGCUGUUCCCUUCUUCCAUGACGCUGCCAGUGAAGGGCAGGCUUCGUCCAGCAGGCUCUGUUGUGCACCUCCAGCAAGCUCCUCCCUCUGCGUGGCUCCUGCAAGCUGUGUUGAUAGGGCUGUGAGAAGGCAGCAGCAUAAGCUUUGAUGAGUGGGAUUAUUUUCAGUUUGCAUUAGCGUGGGCUCCUGGAUAACGAUCCCACCAUCUCUCAACUCAUGCUGCAAAUACCUGCAAGCACUGGCUGCUGCUAGAGCUUGAAUCAAGCCUGCAUUGUUACUAGUUUUCAACCUGCAACCAAUAUUGAUCUUUGCUUGGCAUUUUACCAGAUGCCCCCUUCUUUCUGGUCUAAAGUGCUCCGCUCAAAGGCUGCGGUCACUCCAACCCCUGUCCCGCUGUGCUGCACUCUGUUACGGGAACUCGUGCAGGUCUUGUAGAAAAGACAGUGCUAAAAUCGUUCUGGGGUCAGGCCAUGAGCCGGUCCCCAGAGCUGUAAACCCGCUGUGAGGAGGGUGGUGGCCAUAGGGGUGGGUGGAUGCUGGUGGCUGGAAAGAGGGGGCAGUCGGCAAUGUGCCCCGCAUCUUCCUAAAUCAUUGCCCUCUUGCCAGUGACUGACCCCUCAGAGCUUUCUGCUGCAUUCAUCAGUGGGCCUGCAGCCCUAGCUGCACCCGUAACCCUUGGGGUCUCAGCCUUCUCAAUGAUGGGUUAGUGGCAAGGAAACAAUGGUUCCAAAUGUGAAAGAUGUCAGGUGCAGCAGUCAGAUUUCUACGCUAACUUCAUCCCAUCUCACAAGGAUCCUCCUCCCCUUCGCAGUGAGUCAGUUGGACACACACGCCCCAGGAGAAAGUGACAGGCACAUCCCGGGGGUUUCUCUGUGCUCGGUGCUAGCUGGAAGUGCGGCACUGAAUGACUAAUUCUUAUUUCAGAGGGUCAUGCCUGUAAAAGUCUGUAUGAAUCUAGAACAGGGGGUGGGGGCAAACUUUUUGGCCGGAGGGCCGCAUCAGGGUAUGGACAUUUUAUGGCGGGCCAUGAAUACUUAUGAAAUUGGGAGUAAGGUUGCAGGAGGGGGUGAGGGCUCCAGCUGGGGAUGCAGGCUCUGGGGUGGACCCAGAAAUGAGGAGUUCAGGGUGUG